AUGCUAGGUAUUGUACUUGGUCAUCCUCUUGAUACUGUAAAAGUAAAGUUUUUCCACCUACUUAUCAUGAAAAAUAGACAAGAAUGCAAGUGGCGUAGGCGAUAAAAAUAUGGGAUUGAUAACUGGUGCCAUUGGUGGAACGUAAUAUCGAAGUAUUUUAAACUUUAAAGUCUAGGUUUAUUUAUUUAUGUGCCAAUGGAAGUACUCAAAUGUAAUGCUUAGGUUAAUGCUUAAAAUUUCAAGGGAUAUAGAGAAUUUAUACCCGAUCUUUUGAAGAAAUAAGGUCCAUUUGGAUUCUAUAAAGGUUAUUGGGCGACUUUCUGGAGAGAUGUGCCAGGUUGGGCUAUAUAUUUUUAUUCUUAUGAGGCCUAGAAAUAGUUCUUCUAAAAGAACUACCUUGAAAAAAUUAUUUAAAAAGAGGGUAAAUCAGCAUCCUACAGAAGAGAUGAGUUCUUAAUCAGACUAUUUUGUGGUGGAAUGGCAGGUGUAUUUAGUUGGCUCCUCUGUUUUCCUUUUGAUGUGGUAAAGACACAAAUUCAAGUGAAUAUCUUAUCUGAAUAACCAGUUGAAAUGAGAAUGAGUAGAAUUAUCAAAUAAAUCUACACAGAAAAAGGAAUUAGGCAUUUUUACAUUGGAAUGGGAGCUAAUCUAAUCAGAACAUUCCCUGUUGAUGCAGUUAUCUUAGCUAGCUUCGAUUACCUAAAUGAAUGGUUGGACGGCUAUUAGUGA